UUUUUUAGUUCAUCAAGACUGUAAGAAAGCAGGCUAUAUGGGAGCAGUCUGUGGAAGAUGUGAAGUAGGACAGGCACAGAUGUGGUUAUUGGGCUAUUAAGGUACAACUCUGACCCACACUGCAAGGUUCUGGAGCACUUUCUAAAAAUCUUUCGAAGCUGGAAUACGACACCUCAGGAGAAGAUGUCUUCUCGACUCAGUUCUCUUCUGUUGCUUUGCAUGCUGCCAUCUGUGGUACCUCUCUUCUGUUACACCUGUGUGUUCCCUGCCAUCUCCCCCCUGGACUGCAUCAGAUACCCCACCAGGUGCCCUCCAGGCCAGCGCUGCCUCUCCAGCAAGGCCAUUGGCCAGAGAGGUGAUUUUCAGGUGGUCCUGUAUGAAAAGAGCUGUGUGCUCCCGUCUUUGUGUGGGAUCGCCGGAGAGAAGUUUGCGAUGGGUUUAAACUUCACCUUCACCAAUGAGUGCUGUGAUACUCACCUGUGCAACGGAGCCACAACCAGUGCCAGGGGCGUUUACACAGGCACCCUGCUCUCUCUCAGUCUCUCGCUUCUUUUUUCACAGUGACCCCUGUUGACAAACAGCAUUUAAUGACAUUAACUAUUCACUGACCACAUUAAAAAAACAUUUAUAUUAAAAUGCACUCAUGCUAUGCAAAAGAAAACGUAUUAUUUCUUAGAUAUUUCCACUGCAAAUCUCUACUUGAGUAACCUAACCACUAUUGGAAAACUAAAUUAUUGCUUUUUUUGGCUGGUUUGUUUUCAUGUUUGGUGGUAUUAGUUUUAGUAGGGACUGAAAUGCUGUCCGAAACGACAAUGACCAUUUUGGUCGAUGUGCAAAAAUAAACAACUCUCUACUUAAACCUC